AUGAUCAUACUUUUGACUGAAUCAAUGGAUGGAAGGAACCACACAGUUGUGUCUGAGUUUGUGUUUCUGGGACUCACUCAUUCAUGGGAGAUUCAGCUCCUCCUCCUUGUGCUUGCCUCUGUGCUCUAUGUGCUAAGCAUGACUGGAAACAUCCACAUUGUGUUCUCUGUGGUCACUGACCCUCACUUACACUCCCCCAUGUACUUCCUACUGGCAUGUCUCUCCUUCGUUGACUUGGCAGCCUGUUCUGUUACUUCCCCCAAGAUGGUUUAUGAUUUAUUUAGGAAGCACAAAGUCAUCUCCUUUGGAGGCUGUAUCAUUCAGAUCUUCUUUAUUCAUGUAGUUGGUGGUGUGGAGAUGGUGCUGCUCUUGGCUAUGGCAUUUGACAGAUAUGUGGCCAUAUGUAAGCCUCUGCACUACCUGACCAUCAUGAGUCCACGGAUAUGUGUUUUGUUUCUGGCUGCAUCUUGGGGCCUGGGCAUUAGUCAUUCCUUGUUCCAGCUGGCUUUUAUUAUUGACUUACCCUUUUGUGGCCCAAAUGUAUUUGACAGCUUUUACUGUGACCUUCCUAGACUUCUCAGAUUGGCCUGUACAGACACUUACAAACUGCAGUUCAUGGUCACUAUCAACAGUGGGUUUAUAUGUGUUGGCUCUUUCUUGUUGCUUCUCAUUUCUUAUAUCUUUAUUCUGUUCAGUGUCUGGAAACAUUCUUCUGGUGGUUCAGCCAAAGCCCUCUCCACUCUCUCAGCUCACAUAACUGUUGUGUUUUUAUUCUUUGGUCCCACACUAUUUAUUUAUACAUGGCCACACCCUGACUCCCAAAUAGACAAAUUUCUUGCUCUUUUUGAUGCAGUUUUUACUCCUUUUCUAAAUCCAGUUGUCUACACAUUCAGGAAUAAAGAGAUGAAGGCAGCAAUAAUGAGAGUUUUUAAAACAUUAUUAAUUUUUAGAAAUAUUUCAUAA